AAUAGACCAUCCAGCAAUUGGAGGCCCAUUCAUGGUUGCAACACACAUGCAACAUCCCACAACAAGAUCACCAACAACCAACACCCUACAACACCUUGAUGAAUCACACAACAACAACAACAACCAACAGGAAUCUGCAGAACACCAUCAACCAAUGGAGUGCAAGCCUUGUUUGAUUGUUUUUGUGCAGGUGUAACAAAUCGAUCAACUUCCAACAGUCAGCACUCACUAUGGCUGUUUCUCAACAAUGCAAAUACAGCAGAUGAGGAAACCAAACAACCCCUGCUGGAGCAACUGUUGGAACCAACAAGAUCUCACUACUCUUGGACCCCCCCCCCUUUGUGUUUGCUUGUUUGUUUAUGCAGGUUGCUGGAGCAUCAGAAGCUGCAAACUCUAACAAGCUGCAGUUGCACAAGCCAUGUACUAUAGCAGCAGCAGCUGACCUGAAAGAUCUUCAACCAUUUCCAGCACACAACAACAACAACCCUAAAUCCCUUGCAGAUACCAGAGAAACAACAGCAGUACUUGUUUGUGGUCCAACUGAUUCUGCAGGUCACACAGAAGCUCCAUAUGCAUCAACAACAUCAACCAUUCAACAGCAUCAGCAACAACAUAAGCCAAAAGCAACACACAAUUCAGUAACAGUCAGCAAAAUCUCAACAAUAUGCAUCAUGCAACAUCAAACUGAUCCCACAUGUUACAGUAUGAUAGCAUAUGUAGCAACUACAGGCCUCAAGAAGUCACAACCCAAACGGAUAACUGGAGACGUUAGUCGAGCGACCUUGAAAAAGUUAGCUGACUGA